AUCAUCAUCAGCACUUCUGGCAACAUUUACGGCAGCGGCAACAAUACCACCAACAACAAAAAUAACGUCACCGACAAAGACAAAACCUUACAGACAUCGGAGAAAUUCUACACACCUCUUCAUGAAUUUAACACCAAUUUGGACGCCUACAACAGUAACACCAUCAACAACAACAUCAACAACAUUUUCAUCAUCACUAUCGCCAAUCCCGUCAACAAAUACAUCAACAAAAGUGACAUUUCGAAGUAUGAUGCUAAAGAUGACCGCAAGGUCACAAACCCCAAGGUCAUCGAGGGCUUAGAAAAACUUCAGCUGCGAGCUGAGCAGCUGCGAAGCAGCGGUAGCGGUCAGCUGUUUCCAGAAUUAGCGGCUAAAGAUGACGGUGAUGAUAACAAUAGCAGAAGUAGCAGCGUUACUAGGUCACUAGUUCUGGUUGAGAAUAAAGAGAUAGAAGUUCGUAGAGGAGGAAGUGAUGACGACGACGAUGAGGAAAAAUUUGAUCCGAGAAGAGCUGAUGACGUCAAUGAUAAUAUAAAUAAAGAGGGUUGCAAUGGUGAUGAAACUAAAAAUAUAAAUAAAUUUCUUGACGACGACGACGACGACGAUGAUGAUGAAGUUGUUGUUCCGGAAACUAGUUUGGAACCUAAUGUCUUUGAGUUUGUCCCUGUCUCCAGCGAUGAUAAAAAUGUCGUUGUUGGCGCGGCUGAUGAGACCGCUGUCUGUGGAGGAGCUAAUGACGUUGUGCAGCAGCAGCAGCUACAACAGCAGCAACGACAAUUAGAUCAGAAGCAGGCGUCGCAGCAGCAACAACAGCAAAAAAUAUCAUCGCCUUUACAGCAGAUCUUUUUAUCACCGACACCAUCCCCUAAAUUAAGACCUCUCACUCCUGUCAGAUACGAUAUCAAAAAAUCCACCUUGGUGAAAAUUCAAGAAAAUAAAAUUACUUCUACCACUCCUUCUACUACUACUACAACUACUACAACUACUACAACAACAACAACAACUACUACUACUACUGCUACUACUACUACUGUGGCUGCCAAUUUUUUUCUUACUACUUCUGCAGCUACCACCACUUCUUCCAUUGCUGCUACUUAUCUCGCCACUACAGUUAGUAACGUUCAAACUGUUACUAAUUUUAACGCUCCAGUUACUGCUAUUAAUUCAACUGGCCAACAAAAACAACAACCGCAACAACUACGAUUUCAACAACAACCACAACAACUACAAUUUCAACAAAAACCACAACAUCAACUUCAGCAACAGCAAUACCAACUACAACAAUUUCAACAGCAACAGUCCCAACAACAAACAUCAAAUCAAUUCAAAACCCAACUGGUCAACAAAAAAAUAGUUUGCACCAAUCAGAAACCGGGAUCGAAAAUGUCGAGAAUUGAUUGGAUGAGAAAACGGUUCACUGAUGAGUACGCUAGCCAAUCAAACCUCGAUUUAAGUACAGCCACAACUAAAAGAUCAAGUCUAACUGAUGCUGAUAAAGAA